UACACGGAAUGCUACGUACUACUGUCGAAAGCGGCCAAUGUACCGCAACGUACGCCAUUUACCAUUUUGUGUGAACAGUGAAUCUGGUGCAGUGGCUUCUGUUUUGGAGAAGUUUGCAAAGUCGCCACCGAUAGUGAUCCAAUGCCCAUAAAAGAAUGUGUUCGUAAAUAAUACCCUGGUACAAGAAUACUCCCCGCACUGAGAGUUACUCGCAUACCGUGCAGUGCGCCGAUCUUGGAUAUAUUGAGUUUUGCGGAAUACUCGUCAUCGAUAUUAAUCGCAAUAUCUGAAUCUUCAUCCGGUCGCUCCCAAAAAAAACACAAAUUGCUGCUGAAGAUGCUUGCCUAGGCAAUGCGAGAGCAUAGGAGUGGACGAGCAAGCGAGUGAAGCGAGCAGAGCGGAAGACGAGAAACAAACAAAACACCACCGUCUUUUUACAAGGGAAAGUGUUUUCCUUUCCGUGAACGCGAUACGUUUUUCUUUGCUGGUUGCCAAACUGAACAUCGACAGCUGCAGCAGGAAAGCACUAAAAAAAGGUUCCAACAUUCCAAUCAACACACGCCCGUGUUACGAUGUCGUCACUUUCGGCGAGCGCUGAAAAUUUAUCCAGCGAUCAGAAUAACGAUGGAUCUUCGAUGUGUCUCGAGUUGGCGCUGGAGGGCGAACGGCUGUGCAAAUCCGGCGAUUGUCGAGCGGGUGUGGCAUUCUUCCAGGCCGCUAUCCAGGCCGGUACGGACGAUCUGCGUACGCUCAGUGCCAUCUACAGUCAGCUGGGGAAUGCAUACUUCUACCUGGGUGACUACACGAAAGCCAUGCAGUACCACAAGCACGACCUCACGCUCGCACGCUCCAUGAACGAUCGGUUAGGUGAGGCGAAAUCAUCCGGCAACUUGGGCAAUACGCUGAAGGUGAUGGGUCGGUUUGAUGAAGCGGCCAUCUUCUGUCAGCGUCAUCUGGCAAUAGCGCGCGUCCUGGAGGAUCGCCUGUCGGAGGGACGAGCUCUUUACAACCUUGGCAAUGUAUAUCAUGCGAAGGGCAAGCAGCUGGGCCAGAAAGAUCCGGGUGAUUUUUCUGCCGAGGUACAAGAUUCGCUGCUGAAGGCGGUUGACUUUUAUCAGCAAAACUUGCGGCUGAUGCGCGAGCUUAAUGAUCGUGGAGCACAAGGGCGGGCGUGCGGAAAUCUCGGCAACACGUACUAUCUGUUGGGUGAGUUUGAAACGGCCAUCGAGCAUCAUCAGGAGCGGUUAAGAAUAGCACGCGAGUUUGGUGAUAAGGCAGCCGAACGGCGAGCGAACAGCAACCUGGGCAAUUCUCACAUCUUUCUCGGUCACUUCGAACAGGCGGCUAAUCAUUACAAGCGUACUUUGUCGUUAGCGAUCGAGCUGACGGAACGGGCGGUAGAGGCACAGGCAUGUUACAGUCUCGGCAAUACCUACACACUGUUGCGCGAUUUCCCCACGGCGAUCGAUUAUCAUCAGCGGCAUCUGGCCAUUGCGCAGGAGCUGGGCGAUCGUAUCGGGGAGGCACGUGCCUGCUGGAGCCUUGGCAAUGCUCACACCUCAAUUGGCAAUCACGAAAAAGCGCUACAUUACGCCAAUUCGCACUACCUGCUGGCGAAGGAGUUGGGCGACAUGGUGGGCGAAAACACGGCCAGCAUGAACAUAUCCGAUCUACGCCGAAUGCUUGGCCUGCCGGAACUGUUCAACACGGAUAGUGCCGGGGGAGUUGAUGCCGGUGCACAUACAGCCACCGUAAUGAAGGGACCGUCCGAUGGAGUCGACAGCGAAACGGGAGCCAUGCACCGUAAUCAGCAACCGCCGCAUGGCCAAACACAUACGACAGCAGCAAAGGUGGCGUCCCUAGCGGCAAGUAAACAGCAUCGCUUACGUCGACAGAGCAUGGAGCAGCUAGACCUAAUUAAGUUAACGCCUGAUGGCAAAAAGCUGGCACAGCAUAACGUGCAGGAGAAUCAAACGACCAAUGCGCAGGUACCACCGUCCCAACCGUCGAAGGUGAAAAAGAGCGAAAACAGCUUCAAGAACAACGACGAAGAUUUCUUCGAUUUAUUGACUCGAUCGCAGAGCAAGCGUAUGGACGAUCAGCGCUGCACGCUGAAGUUAACGCAUGCCGAAAGUGUUGAUUCUGCAAGGAAACCUUUAACGCAACAUAACAGUAACAACCCACCGGCGGGCAAAGAGAAUAGGAACGUGCUUCUGGAAAUGAUUGCACAUUUUCAAUCGGAACGAAUGGAUGAACAACGUGCCCUAUUGCCCGGUUUGAAACGGAUAUCGCUUGGUAAUGCAAACAAUAUGAGCCAUCCCACAAAUAACAACGAGUCGGCUCCGGGUUCGACCGCGAAGGAAGAUCCAGUCGCUCUCGGUACACCACCGGACGAUGCGUUCCUAGAUAUGCUGAUGAGAUGUCAGGGUUCACGGAUUGAGGAGCAACGGUCGGAGCUGCCAACACCAAAUAUAACGCUCGAUGCUGAAGCGAGCGAUGUACCGGUGGUCGCACCAGCCAAGGCCACCUCGAACAGCGGCGCAACCGUGCCGGAUGAGGAUUUCUUUUCGCUUAUCAUGCGCCUCCAGGGAGGCCGUAUGGAGGAUCAACGUGCCACCGUACCGCUGAACAACAAUCCGAACCGCAGUGGCAACCCGGACCAGCAACACAACCAUUCCAAUGGCAGCAAUGGGAACAGUCUUAAUGCGAGCGGUGGCGUAAACAAUAAUAAUGGUUCAAAUAGUAGUACUGCCAACAAUGGUGCCAACGUCACCAACGGGAAUGCUCCGAACAGCAGCAGCGGUGCAAGUAGCGUUGGGAAAAGUUUAAAAUGAUUUUACUCAUUCGAUCGUUAGUAGCGCUGUAAUAGGGCGCUAGCGGUCACAGAAUGCGGUUACAGUUUGCCAUCUUUCUAGGGGAACAGUACCGGCACAAAUGGUGAAUGAUUGCGUAUUAUUUAAACACACAAAAAGGGAUAAUCGUUUUUAUUUCCUAGUUUCCUUGUUUGGUGUGCAUAUGUAAGCAAAGCGUACAGCUCCUGGUAUUGGAGAAUUUCAAAACUUAUCCCACGAUUUCAUAUCAUACAAAUAUCAAAUGUGUGGCGUUGGGCGAUUGACAAUAUUUUAAUCAACAUCUAAUUGAAUUACGGUGCGGCUAUUAAUGCCUUUUUUUUAUUUUACCAGCAAACUAUGGUGGGUUUUUAAAGAUGCAUUGGGUGUGUUGAGAACGAGAUCAUCCAUUGCGAAGUUACAUCGAUGAACGAAUGUACUAUUUUCUUGCAAACUAUAUUUGUCCCGUCCAUUUUUUAAGCAAGCGUUUACGUUGAAGCAAAAUUGUGACAUAUAUUUGAUUUGUUAGUUAAACUUUGUUGUUUAACAUGAAUGUGUGUAUGUUUUAUGUAUGAUUUUAUGCCAACUAUUUCUUAAAACUACUGCUGUGAAUCUAUCUAAACUGUUUUACCUUUUGUACCCGAGCUGUGAAAUUAGAGUUCAUAGUUUGUGAAACAAAAACUUUUUCAGAUGAUAAAUGUAAUCCAACAAAGGGAAUUUACUAGUACGAUUUUUUUUAACGGAGAGAUGUGCUUUCCUAGCUGUGGUCCAACAAUUGCGAUAUAAGAAAUAUUCAUUCCCGCAACGCGUUGAGCAAGGUUCAGAAGAUUUUUUGUCCGCACAUUCGGUGGAAAAGUUAUUUUUCCAGUUAAAGGAUAGCUGUACCACUGGAGUUUCGCCUAUCGCACUUUUUAUUGUAAUAAUUGUGCACUUUUAAUGGAUUUAUAUCAUUGCAAGCGACUUUCUCCCUCCCGAUAUAGUGUUUAAGUAAGCAGUAGAGCAAACCCGUAUGCCAUUGGUAGAGUAUAAGAGUUAACAGGUUAGAAUGGUUCGAUUAGAAACUAAAGCCUGAUUAGGCCUGAUUUAGGUAUGGUUUGGGAAGCUAUCAUUGCAAAGUUUAUUGAUUUUUUGUUUACAGAUUGAGCAAAACAUCUAGCAUUAAAAAAGCUGAAGCUAAAAGAAUAAAUGAACAUACAAUACAAUAUUUAAGAGAAUAAAAACGAUACAGCCGAUAAAGUCGUUGUCCCCGCGUUAGAUGUGGCUUACAAUACGUGGCGCAAUGCUAACGAAAUCUUCCAUUCCCACUUCCUAUUGAAGUACCACUAGCAUUGCACAACCCAGAGCAAAAAAAAAGGAUCCUACAAUCUGUGGAAGCUAUCAGGCACACUCGUAUUGCUACCUCCGCUUCCGAUUGGGUAGAAUUAAAUGAUAUAUUAUCAUUCCGCUAAAUUCUAUAGAUAAGGGAUCGGUGGAGGAGAAAGGGAAAGAAUGAGAGGGGAUCCAUUCGACGAUCCAGCCACUUAGUAAUUAGUAACGUAACACCUUCCAAACGUAACGAAAACAAAUACAAAGUGCGAACUCAACCGGUAGGAACAAAGCAUUAUUACUAAUCAGGUAUUAAAACAUCUCUUAACCAAAAACGAUAACAUUGGAAAUCUAAACGUCCCGCCUAAUAUGCUCUCGAGUACGCAGCAGCGUUAUCUGUUGAUAUAUACGAAAUUUAUACAUAUUACAUACCAUUUAUACACACUCUACCGAUCCAUUGCGAUACCUUUAAUGGCGCGUAGUGCGGAUUCCAACACUCCCAACUCUUAGCAGCACUAGAGAGUAAGUGCGCCUGCCAAAAAAACAUACAAAACUCUAUGUAUCCGCAUUUCUAUAAUGUACAAUCGGCCGUCAAGCGCCAUAUUUCAACGAUUCCGUAAUUGUAAAGUAUAGCUCGAAAUGGUUUAGUGCAUUCGGAAGGGUAAAGCACCCGGCUCGAAGUUCAUAUCAUUCGUCUUUGGAUGGCUUUGUUGUUUGGUGGAAUAGAAUACAAUCUGCUGUUAAUUUAUGUUUCUAUAGGAAGCAGUUUUUACCACAAUCGUUUUGGAUAUUUUACUUUACUGGAUAGUGUUGGCUUGUGUGGAAUAGAACACAGAAUACUGAACUAUAUAAAUUUGGUUGAAUGAUAGUUCUUACUGCAGGCAUCUGUAGCGGAGGUGAUUGCAACAACCGAGCAAAAGGUAUAUAGGAACGAGCAGUGACACAAAUCUCUCUUACUCGAAUGACAAUGUUCAGCAAAAAGAAAACGAAUCUACAGCCAAUACCAAUCAGAGCGCUAUUUCUGUUAUGAACGACAUUAUCACGAGCUGCUGAAUG